AUGGUAAUAGGCUAUUUAACGGUAGCAGGCGACUACCACAUUUUUCGGUUUAGUCCCAGAGGAGAAGAAGUUGUACUGCGAUUUUUUAAAAGAAUUGGGUGUGUUGACCCACUUACAAUUCCCCUAUCAGUGUAUAAAAGUGAAAAAAAAGUGAAAGAAGUGCUUCCUCCAAUAAAAAAUAAACAUUUAGUUCUAUAUUUAGUUAUUGAACGGAAUGGCAGUGAUGGUGAGAAGUUUGAGGCAUACAAAAAUCUAAACGGUUCUCCCCAAUAUGUAGAUAACACUUUUGCCGAUAAACUUCUUGCCUUUCCACUUACCAAUGACAUUGUGAUCAUUCGCAGUCAUAUAACUCACUCACAAUCUCUAGGAAUUAACCCAACAACACCGUGGGCUGCAAUACAUUCUGAUGGAAAAGUUAAAGUUGCAUAUUGUGACUGUGCUGCUGGGCUUGGGAGAGUCUGCAUUCAUGUUAGUGCAUUGCUGCAACUUGCUGUUGCUGAGCAUGAACUCCCCAGUCGUAGAACUGAAACUGCUUGGAAUGCUGAUGAAGAUCAAGUAGCACCAACAUCUAAAGCUUGCGAGUGGAACAAACCAGGCAAAGGACCUGUCACUGUUGGAAAAGUUGCAGAUUUAUCUGUCAUAAAAAAAAGGAAACACGUCAAUGUGGUAAUUGAUAAUCCUCCAGUUACUGCAGAAGAGUCCAAUCAAUUGUUUUCAGAGCUUGCAGAGCUACCUUUUUGUGACUAAACUGUAGAAACACCACAAAUACAACACACUCUUGUAUUUC